AUGACUUGGCAGCGAAGUAUGGAAGCAAUUACCAGCAAACUCAGCUGCGCUUGUCACUGCCGUCUUCCUGGAUGGGGACCCCGAGACGGGCCACAUCAGGAGUUGGAGACAUUGCCAGACAAGCCCUGUCGCGCCCUCAUGGUGCUCUUGCAUCCAAGCUACUGCUCUCACUGCGUAGCUUCCUUCCUAAUUCCUCCACUUGACAGUCCAAUGACAGUGCUGGAUUUACGCACGAAUUUAUCAGCUCGCCUUCAAUGCGCAGUUAUCUACCCUCCUCCCCAAAUCAUCGGUGAACGAAAUGGUGUCAGCUACAACCACUGUACGACAAGUGCGCGGUUCUUACGGUCGACAGUGAUGGGCGAUCAAGACUUGCAUUCCAUUCGCCCAUACGCAUUAUCUCCACCGGCUGUGUUGCAGGAGGCCAGCAGAACUGCUCUUCGAAGUGUUCGGCCCAUCUCUCCAGUCGACGUUUUUGCGAUGCCUAUCAAUCGAUCGAUUGACGGUGGACACCAUUUAACAACCAGUAUUACCUACGACAGCGAUGCUGCACAGGAGAAUUUUGUCGACCAUUUCGAUAAGUUGAAAAUAUCCGCCAGUUCACCAGCCCAAGCACAUUCAAGACAACCAAACGACCGGCAGCCAACUCGUCGUCAAAUUAGGAGGGUUAACUAUGAAACUGGUAUAGGAACCACUGAAGUCGUCUGCCAAAAUGGGUUUGUUAGCUUGGAGGAAAGUCCGCCUACCUUGGCUGGUGGCAAAAAGUUGAAUUUACUUUCAUACGAUUUCGAUUGGUGUGAUUUGAAUACACCCAAACAAAAGUUCCACAAUUUCCGAGAACAAACAGUUUGGUUUGUUCUUUAUGAAAAUGCUGUUGCGUCGUGUGAAAUUCAACCUAUCUUGUUCCUACGGCAACACGGGGCACCGCUAGAUUGUAAAGGCGAGUUUGGAGAAACCUUGCUGCACGUGGCUGUGAAGACGGGAUGCUUGGAAAUUCUGAGAUAUCUCAUCACAGCCGGAUUGGAUGUCACUGGAACUGACCAUGGUCCGUGGCUAAUCAGCUGUGAACGUGGUCUGAAUCAAACACAUUGUAAAGAAUUUUGUGCCAUUGUGACCCUAUGCUUCCAAGGUGUACAGUUUCGCCAUUCAAACACUGUGAACACUCCGGAAAGCGAAGCCUACAAAGUUGCCGAAUAUGAAUUUCUAUAA